CUGAGUGGGGUCCUCUGUCCCAUCGUCUCUUAUAACAGGAAGAUUGGAGUCGAAGGCGGGUGGCCAAGAUGCCAGAAGAGAUGGCGGACGGUGGGAGGAAGCUUGUGACUCUCGAUGACCUCAUCGAUGCCCUGGACAAGCGCAAGAGGGCGCCGAGCAACGUCCCAAAAGUCGAGACAUUCCACUUCAAAGGGGAUCGAGUAUCUGAUUGGUUGGAUCUGACAGAGCAGGCGCUGGUGGGAAUGCCAGAUGAGGUCAAGCUCCAGCGGGUCCUGAGGUAUGUCCUGCACAGUCACCAUCGGGAAGUAACUAAGGUUGUGGACGCCGCCGGUGGCAGUUGGGCAAAGUUUGGAGACCUAAUGCGAAGGAAGUAUAGGCUGGGGGACGGCCUGUUGACCAUGGCCGACUUGGAGGCCAUGAACAAGGAAGACUUCUCUACCAUUGGGGCGUUUGUGCACGAGUUCAAGAAAAGGGCGAGGAAAGUGCACGGGAUUUCUGAGGAGGCACAGUGCGCCACAUUUUUGGGGCUGCUUACAAGCUCGGAGGCCACAGAGUUGACGAAGUAUGGGGAAGGAAGCGAGAGGCUCACCUGGGCAACCAUUGACAAGGGAGUAGAAGAAGGGAGCCUGGACCAGGUGGAGCAGCACCAAAUGAGGCUGCAAAGGCGCAAGAGGAAGGAGAGAGAUGCUACUGCAUCCGGGACCCCAGGGGUGAAGAGGAUAGUCACGGACGUGUUGGCGGCACUGGGGUAUGAUAGCACARCUGAACUACAAAAAAGAGUGGUGGCAGUGGCCCAAGGCCGGGCGUCAGGAGUAGAAGAUGAGGAGGCAGGGCGCAAAGACUACGACGGAGGGGAGACGGGCUCCCAAGCCCUGACUAAGGCCCAGAGGAAGCAGC